AUGGCCUCAGAUCGCAAUGUUGCUAGGGACGACGUUCCCAUCAAAGCCAUUGCAUUGACACAUUACAAUUACGUCAUAGUGCUUAGGUCUACUCCGGAUGCAACGGGAACCCCGGGCGGCCCCGACUCUGAGGGGGGCCCCCCGGCCGCGGCCCCCAACCUGACCAGCAACAGGCGAUUGCAGCAGACGCAGGCGCAAGUGGACGAGGUGGUGGAUAUUAUGCGAGUGAACGUGGACAAGGUCUUGGAGCGGGACCAGAAGUUGUCUGAGUUGGACGACCGCGCCGACGCCCUGCAGGCCGGCGCCUCGCAGUUCGAGAGCAGCGCUGCCAAGCUCAAGAACAAGUACUGGUGGAAGAACUGCAAGAUGAUGAUCAUCAUGGCUGUAGUGGGCGUCAUCCUGUUUGGCGUCAUAUUUUGUGAGUCCCUUGACUUCUACAGUGUGUAUUUCUUCUACUGA